AUGCGGCCAAUUGCUCUCAGUAAUGUACUGUAUAGGAGUAUGGCUAAAAUGAUAACCAAUAGAAUGAAACCACUAAUGGAAAAUCUAAUAUCAGAUUCCCAGAGUGCUUUCAUUCCAGGAAGGUUGAUCACAGAUAAUAUCCUGGUGGCUUCGGAAGUUGGCUACUUUCUAAAUCGGAAACAAUGUGGUAAUGUGGGGUGGGGAGCUCUAAAGUUAGAUAUGGCAAAGGCAUAUGAUCGAAUGGAGUGGCCCUUUCUGAAGAAGAUGUUACAGGUAAUGGGUUUUGAUAAGGGGUGGAUUGAUUUGAUUAUGACAUGUGUGACGACUGUGUCGUAUCAGGUUGUGGUCAAUGGCGUCCCUGGAGGGAAAAUAAUCCCAACGCGAGGUCUCAGACAAGGCGACCCCCUCUCACCUUAUUUGUUCAUUAUAUGUGCAGAAGGAUUAUCUCUAUUAUUGCAAAAAGCUGAGCUGGCGGGUUCUAUUCAUGGUUGUAGAGUGGCUAGAGGGGCACCCCCAGUGUCACAUCUCUUUUUUGCGGAUGACAGCUUAUUGUUUUUUAAGGCAAAUAUACAGGAGGCUAGUGUGAUAAAGCAAUGUCUGUUGAGGUAUGAGAAUUUAUCUGGUCAGAUGGUUAAUUAUCAUAAAUCAAAUAUUUGCUUCAUCAGAAAUACUUCAGGGGAGGAUAGGGAUCUCGUGGCUAAUUGUCUAGGCGUGGAUCAGGCGCCGAACUUUGGGAAAUAUUUAGGCCUACCAUCUUUUAUUGGGAGAAAUAAAAGGGCAGUUUUCUCUUAUGUGGAGGAUAAAAUCAAACAGAGGAUUGGAUCUUGGAAUAAGAAGCUGUUGUCACAAGCAGGAAAGGAGGUACUUUUGAAAAGUGUUGCCCAAUCUAUGCCUACCUUCUCAAUGAGUAUUUUCUUGUUGCCUGAUACAGUCUGUUUAUCUAUUGAGAGGACAAUGAAUAGGUACUGGUGGGGGAAAGGGGUGGACAGAGGAAUCCAUUGGAAGGCCUGGGACAAAUUAUGUGUUCCGAAGAAAUAUGGGGGUUUGGGAUUUAAAGAUCUUCGUUCUUUUAACCUGGCUAUGCUAGGGAAGCAGGCAUGGAGAUUUCUUACUAACCCAACCUCUCUUGCAGCAAGAAUAUAUAAAGCCCGUUACUAUCCGAAGACUUCCUUUAUUGAUGCUAAGAUAGGGAAUUGCCCCAGUUAUUGUUGGCGAAGUAUAAUGGCUGCCCAUGGAAUAGUUUGCUCUGGAGUAAGGAGGAGGAUUGGAAAUGGGGAAAAAACUCUGAUCUGGGGACAUCCCUGGUUGCCUGAUGAUCCAAGUCCCUUAAUACAAACAGUAAUGCCUGAGGAACUACGCGAGGCAAGGGUUGUAGGUUUGAUUGAUCAACAAACAAAAACAUGGGAUCCACAUAUUUUAUGUGAUUUAUUUGAACCUGAUGAUGUGGCUCGUAUAUCUCGCAUCCCUGUAAGCCCAGAAUAUGAGGAUUCGUGGUAUUGGUAUAAGGAUCCAAGGGGUGAAUACUCUGUUAAAAAUGCAUACAGGCAAAUUAUUGGAAAUUAUGAAAUUAAUUCUGGUGCCUUUGGUAAGUGGAUUACAGUGUGGAAGUUGAAAGUCCCACCCAAAUGGAAAACCUUUUUGUGGAGAGCCUUGUGUGAUAUCCUCCCAACCACAAACAACCUGAUUAUAAAGAGGGUAGAAAUUGAUCCUGCAUGCCCAAUGUGUGAUACAUCCCAUGAGAAUGUUAUGCAUACAUUAACUUCUUGUGAUUAUUCUAGAAUUGUUUGGAAUAUUUCGGGAUUGCCUAUUACAAAUAUUAUUGCUGCUACUUUUCCAGAGUGGAUAAUGGGUGCUAUGGUCAACUUAACGGAGGAGCAAUUUACAACACUCGUGGGAGUUCUUUAUCAUUUAUGGAGUGCCCGGAACGACGCUGUAUGGAAGAGGGCAUUACCGCCGCCUCUCACUACAUGGAGGCGGGCAGCCGCAGCAAGAUCGGCGUACACCCAAGCUCACUGCUCGAACAGUGUGCAAGUGACGCAGCCACCGGCGCUGGAACUCCAGGGACGGCCGCGCUGCUUCUUCGAUGGUGGUUUCCGACCGCAGACGGGCGAGGCGGCGUAUGGUGUUUUGCUGAUGCACCCGGAUGAUUCUUUCAAGGCUGCAAAAAAUGGAAGGCUCACGAAUUGUUUGUCACCUCUUAUGGCAGAGGCCCUCGCAUGCAGGUUAGCGUUAUCUUGGCUUAAGGAGCGGAACGAAUUUGAUGUGGAUAUGAUGACUGAUUGCACACAACUACGACAUCACUUACUAUCUAGUCCUACGACCAUUCUAUCUUAUGAAGGAGUGGUGGAGGACCAAUGUCGGGCAACUAUGACCCUUUUUACGUAUUGCUCUUUAAAUAUUGUCUCUAGACUAGUUAAUGUUAGUGCUCAUACUUUAGCUACGCUAGCUUUCGAUCAGGAACACUCUAUGUAUUGGGACUAUGUCCCGCCUGACUGUUUGAUUCCUCUCAUUAAUUAA